UACAGAUACAUUUGCGGGGGCAAAUUGGUCCGAAAAGACUGACAGCCACAAAGAGAAAAAAACCUUUCCUAACCCCCUCAGCACCGCCCGCGCUCUUGUCAACCGCCACUUUCCCCUCUCUACACAACUUCUUUACUGUGUGCUUUCCACUGCGUGAGAGAGAAAACACAAAACACACAGUAGCUUCCUCACUGUGUGAGAGAGAAAGUCCAGAAGAAGAAUCAAGUGAUCAAGUAAGUGAUAGCAGCGAUAACAGAUUAGAAGUAACAGAAAUGGCGGGUCCCGAGGCCGACCGGAACCGGCACCGCGGCGGAGCGACCGCCGCGGCGCCGCCGCGAUCGCGUGUCUCGCUCCGGCUGCUGCUCCGCGUGGCGUCCGUGGCGUGCGGCAUACAGUUCGGGUGGGCCCUACAGCUGUCUUUGCUCACGCCGUACGUGCAGGAGCUAGGGAUUCCUCACGCCUGGUCGAGUAUAAUCUGGCUGUGUGGGCCCCUCUCGGGGCUGUUAGUUCAGCCUAUAGUUGGACAUAUGAGUGAUCAGUGUACGAGCAAGUACGGUCGCCGGAGGCCGUUCAUCGUCGCCGGAGGAACGGCGAUUAUUCUGGCGGUCAUUAUAAUUGCGCAUUCGGCUGAUAUCGGUGGAUUGUUGGGAGACACUGCCGACAACAAAACAAUGGCGAUUGUCGCUUUCGUUAUUGGAUUCUGGUUGCUUGAUGUUGCUAAUAAUAUGACUCAAGGUCCUUGUCGAGCUCUCCUUGCUGAUCUGACCGGAAAUGAUGCCCGAAGGACUCGAGUUGCAAAUGCAUAUUUUUCUUUGUUUAUGGCUAUUGGUAAUGUUCUAGGUUAUGCUACUGGUGCUUACAGUGGUUGGUACAAAGUAUUCCCAUUUUCUCUGACCUCUUCGUGUACCAUCAACUGUGCCAACCUUAAAUCUGCUUUCUAUAUUGAUAUUAUCUUUAUUAUAAUCACUACUUAUAUAAGCAUCAGCGCCGCUAAGGAGCGACCCCGGAUUUCCAGCCAGGAUGGUCCCCAAUUUUCUGAAGAUGGGACUGCACAGUCAGGUCAUAUUGAAGAAGCUUUCCUUUGGGAAUUGUUCGGGACUUUUAGAUUACUGCCAGGUUCAGUAUGGGUAAUCCUUCUUGUUACUUGUUUGAAUUGGAUUGGGUGGUUUCCUUUUAUUCUCUUUGACACUGAUUGGAUGGGUAGAGAAAUUUAUGGUGGGGAGCCAAAUCAAGGACAAAGUUAUAGUGAUGGAGUCAGAAUGGGAGCUUUUGGCUUAAUGAUGAAUUCGGUUGUCCUUGGUAUUACUUCGGUACUUAUGGAGAAGCUCUGUCGGAUAUGGGGAUCUGGUUUUAUGUGGGGACUGUCAAACAUACUAAUGACUAUCUGUUUCUUUGCAAUGCUCUUAAUCACAUUCAUAGCAAAAAAUAUGGACUACGGCACUAAUCCGCCUCCAAACGGAAUUGUGAUUUCUGCAUUAAUAGUUUUUGCAAUACUCGGCAUUCCAUUAGCUAUCACUUAUAGUGUUCCAUAUGCCUUAGUCUCAACGCGGAUUGAGUCGCUGGGUCUAGGCCAAGGCUUGUCGAUGGGUGUUUUAAAUCUAGCUAUUGUUGUCCCACAGGUUAUAGUGUCUCUUGGAAGUGGACCAUGGGAUCAGUUAUUCGGCGGAGGUAACUCACCAGCCUUUGUAGUAGCAGCAUUAUCUGCCUUUGCUGCCGGACUCAUAGCCCUCAUAGCCAUACGUCGACCAAGGGUUGAUAAAUCCAGACUCCACCACUGAGAUAUGUGGUAUCACUGUCAGACUUGGUUACCAAUGAAGACAAGUAACUGGGAUUUAUUCCUAAUGAAGAGUAACGUCUGAUUAGGAACAUUGAUAGCGGAUUGUUAUUUCCAUUCAAAUGUCCUGGAAUCUCAUGCUGUGUUUGCGCAUAGAAUCGGUGAAAGAGUAUUGUUUAUUAUUCCAGCUAGCUGCGAAGAGUUACUGUGGAUUAUGCUGAUUGAAACCCUGAUGGAGACGUGCCUUUGUUCAAUUUUUGCUGGAAAGCUUUUGGGUGAUGAUUCUAUAGGAUCUCUUUUCUAUAUAUUCUUUUUUCUUGCUUCAUUCUAAACUUUGGAAUAAAUUCUUAUGUUUAUGCACUUAUCGGUAUCUAUACAUGUCUGUAUCCCUUUAAUGUUCCCAUGUAUAGUAACGCUUGCUUUGUAUGCCGUUGUACAUGGUCAUAUUUAUAUUAAGAAUAAUAUCAUUACAUAAUGAUACUUCUCUUGAGCUUGA